ACUAACUCCGUCAAGCGAUGGAGAACUUUUUUUUUAAAAAAGGCUUCAUUAGCCUUUGGACGCUGCCGUUGUGUCUGAAGGUGUGUGUGUGGAAUUGGAAACAGCAGGCUGCAGCUUGGUGUGUUUUGUGGAGUGGGUACAUGCGUACAAGCUGCUCAUUGAAGCGCCGCACGUAGAUCUAAACAUGAGCUUCAUUCACUCGCUACCCAGUAUUUCAAUCCAGCUGGGAGCUGGAGUAGCUCUCUGUUCCCCAGAAGAACGACAGUUCCUUCCUGUCUGCUUUGAACCCUUUGACGGAUUUGGGCAGCUUUCAAACUACUCCGAUACUCCUGCAUUCUUCUUUCUGUGUUUGUCAAUUGAUAAAUCAUUUAAACCAAGAUCUACGGCCACAGAACAUUCUUCGAGGACUGAGGGGGUAUUUGUGGAGGAAAUACCCAAGGGAUAGACCCAAUAAAGGGAUGGAAUUAACCUCGUGUGAAAAGUUCGUCUCCAAAGAAACGGGUCUGUGGUACAGGGGAAAGGCGAAGCUUGCUUUCUGAAUAGAAUUAGAAUAUCAGAAAAUCGAAUUAUGGACCUAAUGUUUGAAUCGAGGUAGGUAUCGAGCAGAAAGCUACUGGAUGAAAAGAUCAUUCACUUGAUUCGAAUAACGUGGUUUCUUUGUUUCACCUGACAACCACUCCGGUGUUCUGUACUGGUCUGGAUACGGUCAGCUUUGCAAACUGCUCUCAAUACAUCAGAAGAGGCAUUCGGGGUAACUAGACACGGAAAGAAUGGUGCUGGAAAGGCGGUUUUUCUUCAUGUUCAAAGUCUGGUCGAUCAUUGUUCUCACUGGAGGAAUCGCGUCUAUACAAAAGGCGCAAGGGUCCAGAUCAUCAGAGAACCAACUGCAGAACUAUGCCGUCAAUACACAUAGGGGCGGCAUAUCCAGUGACAAUAAUGAGUUCCAGAACACUAUACCCCAUCACAAGUCUGGAAAGCAAUGUGGAGUUUGGGUUCGGAAUGACAAUGGUGGAUAUUUUGCUUCACCAAAUUACCCAAAUGCUUACCCUCCCAAUAGAGAAUGUAUCUACAUACUGGAAGCGGCCCCACGCCAGCGAAUUGAACUCACUUUUGAUGAAUCUUAUAGCAUUGAACCUUCAUGGGAUUGUCGAUUUGAUCACUUGGAAGUCAGAGAUGGACCAUUUGGAUUCUCUCGUGUGAUAAACCGUUACUGUGGUCAAAAAAGCCCAUCGCUCAUUAAGUCAUCUGGCAGGUUCUUGUGGAUAAAAUUUACCUCAGAUGAGGAGUUAGAAGGUUUUGGAUUUCGUGCAAAAUAUUCUUUUGUACCAGAUCCUGACUUUAUCUACCUUGGUGGAAUCUUGAAUCCCAUUCCAGAUUGUCAGUUUGAACUGUCAGGGCCUGAUGGAAUUAUUUACUCCAGUCAAGUAGAACAAGAGGAGAAAAUAAAACCUGGAGAAGCAAUUGACUGCAUCUGGACAAUAAGAGCUCCACCCAAAGCAAAAAUUUACUUACGCUUUCUGGACUAUCAAAUGGAUCACUCUAAUGAAUGCAAGAGGAAUUUUGUUGCUGUCUACGAUGGAAGCAGUGCAAUUGAAAACCUAAAGGCAAAAUUUUGUAGUACAAUAGCUAAUGAUGUAAUGCUGCAAACUGGAGUUGGAGUGGUUCGUAUGUGGGCUGAUGAGGGCAGCAAGCUCAGCAGGUUCCGAAUGCUUUUUACUUCAUUUGUGGAUCCUCCCUGCCAGGACAACACAUUCUUUUGCCACAGUGAAAUGUGCAUCAACAAUUCUUUGGUCUGUAAUGGAGUGCAGAACUGCGUGUACCCAUGGGAUGAAAAUCAUUGUAAAGAAAAGAAGAAGCCUGGUCUCUUUCACCAGAUUACCAAAACCCAUGGAACAAUCAUUGGUAUUUCAUCAGGAAUUGUUUUAGUUCUUCUUGUCAUUUCUGUACUUGUGCAAGUAAAACAACCCCGCAAAAAGGUUUUGGCUCGCAAAGCAGCAUUCAACAAAUCAGGAUUUCAAGAAGUAUUUGAUCCACCUCAUUAUGAACUGUUUUCCCUAAGAGAUAAAGAAAUAACUGCAGAUUUGGCUGAUUUGUCUGAAGACUUUGAGAACUACCAUAAACUCAGGCGCUCCUCAUCCAAUGCCUCCAGAUGCAUCCAUGAUCAUCACUGUGGCUCACAACCUCCAAGCAUAAAGCACAGCAGGACUAAUCUAAGCACAAUGGAUCUUCCAUUUCGGAAUGAUUUCUCUCAGCCACAGCCAAUGAAAACAUUUAAUAGCACCUUCAAGAAAAGCUGCUAUACUUUGAAGCACUCUCAAGACAGUCCAGAACGGGUCAUAGAAGACAGAGUGAUGGAGGAGAUUCCUCCUGAAAUCUAUGUACGUGGCAGAAAUGACACUGUGCAACGUUCAAUGUCCAUUGACUUCUGAAGUGGAACUGCUGUGUUGUUACUGAGCAUUAUCUUUUGGUCUCUUUCUCUUGCAGAAACAGUAUUGGCAAUUUAGCAUUUCCUUUGGCAUUUUAAUAUAUCCUGAUAAUCAGCACAGUAGCAAAACAUGGGACUGGGGUCAGUUUUCCUUGACCCCUCAGACUGACGAUUUCAGUGAGACAAACUGUUGAUGACAAUUCUUAAUAACAGGCUCUGUGUUCUGAAUAUAUUAUUCAUUGAUAAUUACUUACUGUAAAUAUGCUAACGGUAUAAUUCUUUGGUCUCCUGCUCCUAUCAUAUUAAUUGCUCCAAUCCAAUGGAGAUAAGCCUCUUAGCUGAAAUAUAACAGAUGAGAAACAGCACCACAAUUACUUAAGAAGUAUUUUUAAACAUCUUUUCUUUUAUUUAAGGUAUGAAUUUUUAACUCUGCUAGGCUAUGGUUUUGAAUGACAGCAUUUUCUACUUGUUAUGGCCUGUUUUUUACAUGUUAAUCUAACAUACAUUUUAAAUCAGGUCAUCAAUAUGAAUAAAGUUACCAUUAGUGAGCUCACAGGAUUAUGUAUUUGCUAGUUCAAAUAAAAAGCUUC